GCAGACGUCAUAAGGGAAAAUCCGAAGAUGAUAGACGCAUUUGCGGAUUCCCAAGAGACUAUUCCUGAGACGGAGUCACUUGCAGGUGGUUCCCAGGAUCUUUUCCUUAAUCCUCCGGCCAGUAUCAGGAAUGACAGAACAGAUGAAAUAAUUAGAAAAUUGGACAAGCUCACAGGUGACGUUGCCCUUUUGCGAAGAGAAGUGGCAGAGCUGAGGGGCAAGUCACCUGCGUCUGCCACCAUUAAAGCAUUCAAGAUUAACACGGCUUCAUGCAAGAGGAGGUUCAACCUAUAUUUAAGAAGUAGGUUCUCAUGUCGCCCAUGGCUGGAAGUCAAAAGUGAUGACUUUAAGAAUGAAGUUCACACUUGCCUGGCCAUGGACGACAUGAGAACCAAUCCUGCAGCAUUCCAAGAAAUGGUCUCCCAUUCAUUACACAAAUUCAGGGAGCUCGGGAAUCAAUUUAGGAGAAAGGUGUGUAAUCAUUUGAUAAAAAAUAGUGUUUGACUGCUAUCUGUUGUCCAAAUUUUUCAUGUUCACUUUAUUUUACAUGAGUUGUUAACUUAAAAGUCUGUAUGUGUAAAAAUUUGUUCAGGAUUUACAGUAGGUGAAUGUAUGUAUAAUUCUCUAGCAUUAAAAUUUAAAAAAAAAACAACUCUCC